AUGGGGAAUGGUAUUAACAAGGUCCUCCCUGGGCUUUAUCUUGGAAAUAUCAAAGAUGCACAAGACAAGGAGCUCCUAAAGGCCCGUAACAUCACCCACAUCCUGUCCAUCCAUGACUCUGCCAUCCCAAUCCUGGAGGACAUCACAUAUCUUUGUAUAUCGGCAUCAGAUCACUCCAAGCAAAACUUGACUCAGUACUUCAAAGACAGCAUCGUGUUCAUUCAUGAGUCCAGACUGAAAGGAGAAAGUUGCCUCGUUCACUGUGUGGCCGGAGUGUCCCGCAGCGUGACCCUGGUGGUGGCCUAUAUCAUGACGGUGACGGCGCGGGGCUGGGUGGACUCUCUGGCCGCAGUCCGAGCAGCCAGACCCUGCGCUGGACCCAACCUGGGCUUCCUGCGCCAACUGGAGGAGUUUGAGAACACUGAACUAGCGCAGUACCGUGUCUGGUGGAAGGGCCUCUACGGGAAGAACUUGUUCAAUGACGACGAGGAAGUUUCAGAACUUUUGGUCAAAAAAUACAACAGCGACAGUGAAGAUGUGAUGAACAACAUAACGCCGCGAUUAGCAACUUAA